AUGUGGUUAGCAAUACCAAUUGUUCAUGCACUUUUGAUUGACCGGCAGGCAGAAUCAUACUGUCGAGUUCUGCAGUAUUUUAGGAAUGAUUUGCAACUGAAUUUGAACUAUGACCAGCUUCAAAUUAUCACAGAUUUUGAGCAAGGAUUAAGAAAUGCCAUUGCCCGAGUACUUCCUGAAGCCAACAAUACUGGAUGUUGGUUUCAUUUUGUUCAAUGUAUUAUUCGUUACGUGAGGACACACAACCUGGCUAGAAUUCUUAGAGCUAAUGAAAAUGCAAGAAGAAUCUUACGCAUGCUCAUGGCAUUACCUCAUUUGCCGGCCAAUGAAAUUAGAUUCGACCGUGGUCUCUUUUCAAUUCAAUUAGGGUUUCAUGUUGUACACGAAUUGGUGAGAGAUUACAACCUUGGAGAGGAGCUGCAUGAUUUGAUGCAAUAUUUUCAAAGGUAUUGGAUGGACACUGUAGGUCCACUAAGAUUUACAGUGUAUCGACUCCAAUACAGAACUAAUAAUUUCAUUGAGUCGUACCACGUUUCUCUUCUGAGACUAAUGGGCCAACAUCCAUCUCUGUAUCAAUUUUAUGAACACUUGAGAACAGUUGAAGAGCGUUCAAGGAACGAUUUGGCCAGUGCAGUAAAUGGACAACAAGUUAGACGAAGGACUUAUAGAAUGUAUCCGAGAAAUAAUGCAAUUAUAAGCAAUGGAUGGGCAAAUGUUGAAAAUGGAACUUACAAUCUGCAAGAUUUCUUAAGAAAUGUUUCAUAUACCAGUGAACAAAUCUUAAGAAACGAGAUUGGUGAACCGGAUUUUCAACCCAUACUUGCUAUUCAAGGGUUAAAUGCUAUACCUCCAGGACAAUUACCACAGAGGCCCCCUCAACUGUUAUUGAGACCGAUGCCAGCACCACCAUUAAUACGACCGGCCGUACAACCACCAAUAGCUGAAGUGGUACCGGUGGCUAUACAACCAGCAGAGGCGGUACAACUACCGAUGGUUGAAGUACCUGCAAUAGCUGUACAAAAUGUUAGAAACCAGAGGGGUGUGCGUAGAAGAGGAAAUCGUGGUAAUCGUGUACAAGGCAACGGUAGAGGACGUUUGAACGCGAGAGUGGGAUGGGCAGAAUUUUUUGCAAAUGUUGAAGACGAACUAGAACCACGACUUCCCCCACCUGUGCGGAAUCAACAUCCGAUUCCUGCCAAUGAAAUGAUUUUAGAAGUAUGCAUUAUUUGUUAUGAAGAAGUGGUAACAGUCACUAUAGUGCCAUGUCGCCACACAUUUUGCAAUACUUGCAUUACACGUUUGAUACAGAAUGGGUUUAAUACAUGUCCAUUAUGUAGAGGCAAUAUUGAAGUGUACGAGGGAUAUGUAUGA